AUGACUCCUCCACCAGAAGCAGGAGCCCCACCGCCAACUCAACAGCCGAUGACCGGCACGACACAACACGCUACAGAUCUAAAGAGGCGACUCGGAGUCGUCGAGCCGCCAAAGAGAUUCGGCGCGGACUACGUUAUCUGGCACUUUUUGCCACGAGACAACUGGAUACGUCUGUGGUGUAUACGCGUGGUGACGCACAGAUACUUCGACCGCUUCAUCAUAGCGGCCAUCAUUGCCAACUCGGUGAUACUCGGGUUAUCAGACUUUUCGGUGGUGGACAGCGACUUGAACCCCACCAGCUCGGGCAAAAAAUACGAGGACGGAGCGCUCGUCGACGCGUACUCGCUACAGAAUCACAUCGUCGAGGUGUCCGAGCUGCCCUUCACAAUCAUAUUCACGACCGAGUGCGUGCUAAAAAUCGUCGCCAUGGGGCUCCAGGGCCAUGGCUCCUACGAACAAGAUGCGUGGAAUAUCCUCGACUUUCUGGUGGUUGUUUCCAGUCUUGUUGCAUCUCUGCCAGGAAUGCCAAACGUGUCAGCCAUCCGAACGAUUCGAGUGCUCCGACCGCUGCGGUCGCUCUCAGUUAUCCCCGGAAUGAGGCGCCUCAUCGCCGCACUAUUGAAGGCCUUGCCAGCUCUCGGAAACGUUGUGAUUCUUCAGAUCUUCGUCUUCUUCAUUUUCGGGAUUCUCGGCAUCCAACUUUUUGGCGGCUCCAUGAAUCGUCGAUGUCGCGUGACGCCACUUCCAAUCAAACUACCCCUCGACGAUGCGAACGAAACGAUCUGGCCAGUCCCCCGCGACUACAUUGACCAGGCCAAGGCGAAUUUGGCGACUUAUCGAUGUAUCGACGGUCCAUUACUAGAUUACGAGAGCUCUACUGGCGACUACACGAAAGAGACUUCUCCUUGGAAUACCGCUCAGGAUUGCUUCUGGCCUGUUGACGAGGACGACGAAUUGCUGUGCGCUGCCGAAGGGCAGGCGGGAAACCAUGGAUGCAACAACGGAAUGACCUGUGGCUCUGACUACGACGCAUUUGGAAACCCCCGAUUCAAUCACCGCAAGGCGAUGGAUUACGCGUUGUAUCUCCCUAGCUUGGACUGGGGGCUCACGACGUUUGACAACAUCGGGCGAGCAUUCUUCACCAUUUUCCAGUCGAUUACACAAGAAGGUUGGACGAGCAUCAUGUACAUGGUGAUGGAUUCCUCGCAGCCGACCAUCGGGGCGGUCUUCUUCGUAGUUCUCAUCAUCUUCGCAUCGUUUUUCGUGAUGAACUUGACCCUGGCAGUCAUUUCAGAAGAGUUCAAUCUCGACCAGAAACCAGGGAAGACAGCAGCACAGAAGCGCGAGGAAGAGCGAAGAGCGAAGCUGGAGAGGGAAAACGCGGAGAAGCAGGCUCGGGAGCACUGGCUCAAUGCUGUUGUGUCGCACAAACUUUUUGCGGGCUUUAUUAUGGCUGUAAUUAUGGCGAACACGGCGGUUCUAGCGCUGGAUCACUACCCGAUGCCCACGAAAAUGGACGAAGACCUCGAAAUCGUUAAUUUUGCUCUCUCGUGUGUCUUUGUCGUGGAGAUGGUGAUGAAGCUGUUUGGCCUUGGGUUGCGCCAAUACUCGCGCGACAAGUUUAACCUCUUCGAUGCGUUCAUCGUGACCAUGGGGCUUCUUGAGACGAUAGCAUCGCCACCGUCAUUUAUGUCGAGCAACCCUCCUAAGAAAGGCGCAGUCUCAGCUUUGCGAUCAUUUCGGCUUUUCCGCGUUUUCAAGCUUGCACGAGAUUGGAAAUCCUUGCGCGAGUUGCUGGAGAUGAUUGCGCGAGCUGUCGCCAGUAUCACAAACUUCGGUGUGCUACUAUUCCUAUUUAUCUACAUUUACGCGUUGGUGGGCGUACAGUUUUUUGGCAACACCAUGCGCUUUGAUGACGAAGAGUACCCUACGCCGUUCACGCUUGAAGGGUUCUGGGAUGGCACAGUCCCGCGCAACAACUUCGACACUCUUUUAUGGGCUGCAGUCACUGUGUUCCAGAUUAUUACGGGCGAGAACUGGAAUAGCAUCAUGUACUACGCCAUUCUCGGCAACGGCAUGUUUUCCUGCGUCUACUUCAUAUCGCUGGUGAUUCUCGGGGACUUUGUUCUCAUGAAUCUGUUCUUGGCCUUGCUGCUCGACAAUUUCGGAGACAACGACGAGGAGCAAUCGCAGGAGAAGCAAGAAGAGACGAAGAAACUCGCCCAGAAAAUGUCCGUCCUGAAUAUGAGCAUGAAAGUGGCCCCCAUCACGUCCGAGAACGAGCGCACAAUGACCACAAGAGGAAGCUUUCUGAUGGUAUCGACAGCUUUUGCGAUGGGCGUUCGCAAGCAGUCGAUACUUGAAAUGGAAGAGGAAGGCGAAGAGGAGGACGUUCGUGUGGUCAACAUGGAGAAGUUCGCAGACGAGCUCACACCGAGUGUGCCUCUGGCUAAAACGGUUUACGUCGAGCCACCGGGGCGACUUGACUUGGCCAAGACAACCGUCAAACAAGGUAGCCUCCGGUCAAGGUCUUUACGCAACCUGAUGACCAGCGCGCGAAACAGCAUCAUCGCUAGCUCACGGGCGAGCAUUGUGUCUGCUAUGAUAGUGGGCACUGGAGCUCCACCACAAGCUGAACCAGCAGAGGAAACAAAUGAUGCAAAGCCUCUUGAGCCAGAGGCACCUGAACCUGUUAGCGCCGGAAGAUCGCUUUUCCUAUUUGCCAAGGAGUCCAAGAUUCGGCGACUGGCCUGCUACCUAUCGGGUCAUCCGUAUUUCGACUCGACAGUCUUUGGUCUCAUAGUUAUCUCGUCCAUCGCUCUGGCAGUCGACAAUCCUCUCGCUGACCCCUCAUCGGGCCUCGCCACGUUCCUGAAAGGACUGGAUAAAUCGCUCGCCAUCGUGUUCGCGAUUGAAAUGGUCAUCAAGAUUGUCGCCAUGGGCCUGAUCCUACACAAAGGGUCCUAUCUGCGCAAUAGCUGGAACAUCAUCGACGGCGUCAUUGUGAUUUCCUCAUUGAUCAUGCUGGUAGCCGAAUCGUCAGGGAAGGGCAAGAAUCUCAAGUCUCUUCGAUCGCUCAGAGGUUUGAGAACUUUCCGGCCACUGCGUAUGAUCAGUCGACGUCCUGGGCUCAAGCUGGUGGUGAACGCGUUGUUUGAGGCCAUUCCCGAGGUCAUCAACGUGCUCUUCGUCUGCAUGCUGUUUUUCCUCAUCUUCAGCAUCGUGGCAGUCAACUACCUCAAGGGCACCUUCAAUUCGUGCAGUGGGGACGUGUUCGGUGCGCUGUCUGACGCUCAAGUCGACUUUCUUGUGGCGCCUUUAACCUGGAGUGCUGCUUCUGACCUCCAGCGCAGUUGGUUCAAUGGCACAGUGUGUGAGACCUCCUUCCCAAACGCUUCUAGCUCCGACUUAACCUCGGAAUAUGUUUGCGAGUGCUGGGGCGCUGACUGGGGACCAGUCUUGCCCCAGAAUUUCAACAACGUGGGCUCAGCCAUGCUCACGUUCUUUGAGAUCUCAACUACAGAGGGCUGGGCGGACGUCAUGAUGGCGGCGAUCGACUCGAACGGCAUCGGCAUGCAGCCAAUCCGAGACAACAACAUGCUCUGGGCGCUGUUCUUCGUGCUCUUUAUCAUGGUAGGCAGCUUCUUAGUCGUGAACCUGUUCGUCGGCGUUAUCAUCGACAACUUCAACCGCAUGAAAGCCGCGCUGGGUGGCGACUUCAUGCUCACACCAGAGCAGAAGAAGUGGAUCGAGGCCCAGAAAGCGGCAUCGCGGGUGGGGCCCGUGCGCAUUCUCAAACCCCCGGGGCAGAUGUGGCGACGGUAUAUCUUCUUCCUCGUCAAGGCGCAGCGCUUCGAGUGGUUUAUCAUGAUCUGCAUCAUCGUCAACACCUUCCUGAUGGCUGCUCAGUUCUUCGGCGAGUCGACUCUACAAGAAUACGUUAUCAACGUUGUGAACGAGAUUUUCGCAGUUGUGUUCACGAUGGAGGCGGCGAUGAAGCUCAUCGCGUUUGGCUGGGAGUACUUUGAGGACCAGUGGAACCAGUUCGACUUCUUUGUCGUGCUCGGCACGCUCCUCAGUGUCGUGGUCGAGAUGUUUACCGGAGCGUCGGUGCGGUCGCUGGCCAUGCUCGUGCGCGUGUUCCGCGUCACGCGCAUCCUUCGCCUCGUCAAGGCCUCCAAAAGCAUCCGGCAGAUUCUGCUGACGCUGUACAUCGCCCUCCCUGGACUCAGCAACAUCACGUCUAUCUUGUUCCUCAUGCUCUUCAUCUACUCGACGAUGGGGGUGCAGAUCUUCGCCAAGGUCGCUCUGUCGGACAACAUCGACAGCCAUGCCAACUUCCAGGACUUCGGUAAGGGUUUCCUCUUCCUGCUGCGCGCUGCAACGGGUGAAGCUUGGAACAGUUGCAUGCACGACUUGGCCUCGAGCACUCCAGGCUGCGUCGACGAUCCCCCGUACGACGACACCAUGUGCGGCUUCAACAACUUCGACGGCUGCAAACCGCUGAAUGGCUGCGGGAAUCCGAUCGCCUACGCGUUCUUCUGCACAUUCACACUAUUGGUCACGUACGUCAUGCUCAACCUAACGAUCGCCGUUAUCCUUGAGGGUUUCUCGCUCUCGCAUGAAGACGACGAGCCUUUGUUCGAGCCGGAGCUGCUUGAGGAGUUCCAGACCAAGUGGGCCGACAUCGACCCCAAAGCGACGGGCUUCGUCAAGGUCGACAAGAUGCUACUGCUGGUGAACCUGCUCAAGCCGCCGCUAGGGAAGUUCGGGCUGCCCUUCCACAUGGCGCACUUCUUCAAGUACAUGUGCCAGCUCGAGUUACCACUGUACGAGGAAGAAUACGUCCACUUCCGGGACGUGCUGCUCGCCAUGACGCGCGAGAUGGUCAAACUCAACGCCGGCACCAUCUCCGACAUGCCUCCAGACCAAGACCCGAGCAACUCGGGCGUGCCUGGGGCCAAGCGCCGCAUCGAGUUCACGGCGCACCAAUACUUCGGCGCGCGCCGCAUCCAGCGCCAAGUGGCCGAGUGGCUGCGCAUCAAGCGGCAGCUCGAGAAGAAGUACAUGGAGGAGUACAAGAACAAGAUCAAGAAGCCCAGCGGCCGCCCCAAGAAGCAGCGCGACGCGCGCGUUUUCACCAUAGGAUAG